GGUCCCAAAGCGUUUAGUUCGCCGUAGAGUGUGGACAGUGUUGUGUGAGCCAAUACGAACAGUACAAGUGUACUUUAUAAUAUACUGUCAGAGAACACAGCAUAUUAGUAAUAUUCAAGUGUUUAACAAGUGCUUCAAUAUCUACAAAUCAUUAAUCCAAAGGUUGGAUACCGGAGCUAAAUCCUGCAGGAGUUUAAACCCUACUCCGUGGAUCUAUGUGUUCCACCUAUAUGGAGUGAAUCCGAAGUGUGUACAGGAUGAAGAUCAACAUGCUGUUGUUGUGUCUACUCGGAGUAGUGUCCCAGGUCAGCUCUCAGUGUUCCCAACCUAGCUUCAAGGAUGAUUCUAUUAGCAGGGUUGAGGCAGGGUUUAAAACUAUCCGGAAACGAGGAAAAAUUACUUUUGAUUACAGAAAGAUUGAAGUUAUCUACUCUCCGUUCUUGAUGGUGAAUGAUCCAAACUGCAUUGAGGAGAGUCAACUGAACCUUGAGGUUAAAUCUGGCUCCGGAGACUGGAUUGCAAUGGAAGAUACUCCAGUUGCUCUAGGUGGAGGAAAGUAUAGAUGGACAAUAGAUGCAGUUCCCUGCAAGGAUCAUCUCAUCAAGUUCUGGGUAAACGGACCCGGAGGACAAGCCGCCCUGGAGUAUUCUGAACCCAUCCUUGCCGCUUCAGAGCUAGAUAUCAUCGAAUCUAAGUUUACUCCGGAGAAACCUAAAGGACUGAAGAUCUCUCAUCUCGGAGAAAACUCUGUUGAAGUGUCCUGGGAACCUGCAGACUGUGCAACAUCAUAUGAUAUCAGUUAUGGUAAAAUUAUCUCUGGAGAGAGGAAAACCAAGAUUGUUCCUGCGUCUCAGGGAAGCCAUAUUAUUCUCUCCGAAGGGAUUGAACCCUGCACAGAGUACUCAAUUAACAUAUUCUCAGUAGUAGGAGAGGAAGAGUAUAGCGCUGAUGAAGCAUCUGAAACAUUUACAACCCCUCCUGAUGCAUCUUCUGCUUCCUCCCUGGAACCUGAGAUUACAAGAGAAACGAACUCCAUGUCCGCCAAGUGGAGACCCUUCGACAAGCUCUCCUGUGUCGACAAGUACGCUGUAUCCGUUUGCAAGGAGAAGGAAGACUGCAUGGAAACCCAGGAGGUCGAGAAGAAUGAUGCUCUGGACUAUCUCAAGUAUGAAACUGCCAAUCUUGAUCACUGUUCUCCUUACACUCUCCAGAUCCAACCUCUUUACGGAGAAAAGAGCCUUGCUCCCAAAAUUGUAGAUUUCCGAACCUUAUCUCCUCCUGCUGAAGGUAUCUCUGAGAGUCUGCUCCCUGUAUCUGCUAAGGCUGGAGAAGGACAGAAAAUCUAUGUGAGCUGGUCUGCGGUCCAAUGUGCUGAAUACUACGAGGUAUUCCAGAAAGUGAACUCAGUCGGAGGAGACUGGGAAUCUGUGAUGAAGACGACUGAGAGCAGUGUCAAGCUGAGCGGAGUUCCUUGUACAGAAUACAGAUACGGAGUUCAGGUCACUAUUGACGGAGCCAAGAGUGAGGUUAUGGAGUUCCCAGAUGCAGUGAUGACCCAGCUGGAUGAUUCCGCUCCGUUUGUUGCUCCCAACCUUGAGAUUGAACCUAUGACUGACGGUGCUGUGCUGACCUGGGACCACGGAGCCUGUAUCUCCAGUUAUAUUGUGAAAGCCUGUUCUAUCCACAGCGACCACAACGACGUGAUGUGUGAGGAGGAAACUAUUAUGAGGGAUUCAACUGUUCACAAUGUUACUCACGAGAUACACAACCUUAAACCCUGUCAUGCCUACACCCUGGAGAUUCUUCCCCAGAUCUCAGGAGCUUCCUUCGACCCUGAUACAACCGAGUUUAAGACAGCUUUCCCAGCUCCUUCUCCUCCUACUGAGUUCUCAGCUGAGUACAAGAAAUCCAGUAACAAGGUUGAGCUUGAGUGGAGUGAGGUUGAGUGCGCUAGCGGAUACAAAAUUAUCCAGAUGAUUGGAAACUCGGAAACUACAACAGCUUGGGAGACAGAUAACCCUAGACAGCUCUUCACAACCCUGGAGAGUCCUGAACCAUGCGUAACCUACAGUUAUGGUGUAUCCGCCGUAAUAGGAGGAGAGGAAAGUGAACCAACUGCCUGGGAAGAGUUCAAAAUACCACCACGAGGUGGCUCUGCACAUCAACCCAAACUUACAGUCAUAGAUAACAAGAACGAUACUAUCAACCUGGUUAUCAACCAGUCCCCUACCAACAACAAGUGUGAGAUUGAAAUUUACGAGAUCAGAUUCUCCAGUUUGAAGCAGGAAGAGCUACAGUUAAAGGAGAUCCUACCAGAGAACACAGAGAACGGAAAGAUCUCCUUAAACUUCCCUGGAGCAUCAGGACCCGGAUUGAACCUGGAAGGACGGAUAAAGUUUACAGGAUUUGAAGCUUUCAGUACCUGGAUCCAGUCUAGUGAUCCAUCGAUCCAGUCCCCCGAACCCUUGACAGGCAGCAGCAUGCUAGUGCCCAUCAUCAUCGGCAUCCUGGUCGGUAUUGUCGUCAUCGUCGUCGUCGUCUUCUUCGUGGUUAAGCGGAAACGGAACCAGAACAAAUACGACGCCGAGAAGGCUGUAGCAAGCAAGGAUGAAACCCAGAAACUGAAUGAGAGCCCUGAUGUUUAGAUCUCAACCAGUCAUUUAUUCAUUCAUUCAGAGCCUGCAUAUAUACACAGUGUGUCCCAGUGAUAAUCUACACAGUGCCAAAUAUUUGGCAAUUUGCAAACUCUGGGACAGGGUCCAAACAUUAGAUAAAUAAAACAUUGCAAUGUUCUCUUUGAAGUCAUGGUUCGCGCCAUAUUGCUGUAGCUGUGAAAUGCACGAUUCUCUACGUUGUGCGCAUGCGCAGUUGUGCUAACGUUUAUUAGCAUAUUUUUGCUUGAACAAUUAACGCAGCACGCUCGUAUAAAUUUCGUUUUUGUGAAGAAAUUAAGGCAGGCGUAGGUUACCCUAACCGGAAACGAGGGAUGUUUCAAACCGGAAGUCACGUGUGAUCUACAAGAUUCGGGUUAUAUGAAAAUUGCAGAGAAGUUUUUGUCGUCUCUACCAAACCACAGUUGAUGUUGUAAACCCGAGAAUUCGCAGAACAAUUUUUCAAACUUGAAGCUAGCAGUGUUAAAGCACCCCUGGAUGCAAACAAUAUUUAUUGUUCAAUUAGAUAAAACAAAUGAUAAUCGAUAUAAAGCCAUUUUCCCUCAAAUAAAUCAAGAUACUUUUGUUGCUGUAACACAUAAAAUAUGUACAUCAAAGUUUUUCUUCAUGAGUUCGUACCUUAAUCUCGUUCAAUAUCCGUCCUGACCGGGUUCAGGACGGAUUAAUCCUCAUCUCCAGGUCUACCGCGGAACUGAAGAAUUAUUAUUUUGUUUGUUAUUGUUUAUCCGGUUCAUCUUUCAAUCAAUGUCGAGGUUUGUAAAAUAUGUAAUAUUUAAUAUAAUAAUAAACAUUUUCUAUAGUA